AUGCUACAGGCCAGCGCCGCCCCGUCGGGGGACCUGACUUUGGGGGUGCUGCUGCCGGGGCGCAACGUGAGCUACCCCUGGGCCUGGCACCGCAUCAAACCCGCCCUGAGCCUGGCGCUGGAGGCCCAGCUGCGCCCCCCAGGCCUCGCCCUCCGCACCGCCUUCGCCUCCACCGAGGGCCGGGAUGGCGACUGCAACCGCUAUGUGGCCCUGUGGGAGGCCGCGAAGCUGAAGUGCUUCCACGACCCGGACGUGCUGCUGGGGCCGGGCUGCGGCCACCCAGGCUACUCAGUGGGGCGCUUAGCCCAGCACUGGCAGCUGCCGCUCCUUCGAGCCGGGGCCUAUGCAAGAAGACGCGCAGAUCUCGGCAGCGCGGUGGUGUACGCCGGUCCCCUGGGGCCUGCCCUAUUCGCCUUCGUGCCCCGGCUGCACCGGCGCUUCAACUGGACCUCCCGCGCCGUCCUUGUGUACGCUGAGAAGCUCCAUGACUGGCAAUACCAUUACGCCUUCUUCAAGCGACUUGAAGAGGCCGUCUGGAUCGCCGACUUCCACCGAUAUGGGCAGCCCGAGGAGACGGUCCGGUUCAUCCGGGCCAAGGGGCGAGUGGUCUACAUCUUGGGGCCCCAUAAGAUGUUGCAGGAGAUCAUGCACCAGGCACAGGCUCAGAACAUGACCAGCGGUGACUACGUCUUCAUCUACCUGGACAUUUGGGGGGGAAGCCUGAGAGCUGAGGGGCAUCGUGAGGCCAAGAAGCCCUGGCAGAGCAUGGAGAGCCAAGAUACAGGAGUCCUCCGAGAGGCCUUCCAGACGGUGCUGGUGGUCGCUGCUCAUGAGCCCCAAACCCCUGAAUACCGGCGUUUCCAGAGCCAGCUGGUCCAGCGUGCCCAGAGGGACUUUGGUGUGGCUGUGAAUGACUCCGUGGGGACGCUGGUGGCCGGCUGCUUCCACGACGUGCUGCUGCUGUAUCUCAAGGCCCUGAACGAGACGCUGCAGGAAGGUGGAACCAAGCGGAACACCAGCCACAUCCUGGAGAAGAUGAGGGGACUGAAAUUCCAGGGUGUCACUGGGACAGUGAGCCUCAAUGGAGACAAUGAACGAGAGAUGGAUUUUGACCUGUGGGCCAUGAGGGAUGUGGAGAGCGGAGAAUUCCAGGUGGUGGCUCAUUUUGUGGGCUCAGAGAACCAGACGAACUGGCUGGGGCCCAUCCACUGGAAGAAGGGGAGCCCUCCUCUCAACGACCCGCCCUGUGUCUUCGACAUGGAUGACCCCUCCUGUGGUAAGAGUGGCCGAGUGGUGUGGGCAACUCCAUCGGUGACCCCAGGAGCACCAUCCCAGAUCCCCUUGGGGAUUCAUGUUCCCAUCAAGUCUCCUCUCGGGGCCAGCCGUGGGCCUGCCUCAGCAGAAGUGACGCUCUCCUGCCCGGCUCCAGAUGCGAGACAUCCCGUGGCCUGGUUCAGCAGGGUCUGCAUCGACCCACCCGGAAUGGAUGCUGCCCCUCCAGCAGCUUACAGGGGUUUUCUCAACGGCAUCAUCAUCUUCCAUUCCGUUCACGGCAUCAUUGGGCACCAUGACAGCCUCAAGUCUUCUGACUCUUGGUGA